AAUAGAAAAAGAAAAAGAAAAUAGUUACAUAUUCAAUAUUUUUGGUGUUAAGGUCAAAGACGAUGUCGUUUUACUCUUCUUUGUCACCACUCCAUCUCCAUCCCCAAAGUCCCCAAAUCCUUUCUUCAAUCUCUUCCAAAUCGAAACCCAAACAAUUCAAUACACCUGCAAUUGCAAUUGCAACUUCAACUUUUUCUUCUUCUUCUUCGAUCAGAUAUGGCGUCAAAGCUUCCGGCGACGUUCCCAAUUUUCUGUCCGAAGACUGGCUUGAAUCUCGGAAAAAAAGACCCUUUGGUCCAAGAUUGAAUUUUGGGGCAGAAGAAGCUGUUCAACACCAACUUGAUGCAUUGAAAUUCAAUGACCAACCCCGUCAAGAUUAUGGAAUUGAAGUUAUGUACAGGUUUGCUGGGUUUGAUCCUUUUGAAAGGUCUACCUAUUUUGGGCCAUUUUUUGAUCUGGGUCAGUUUGAACGGUUUAGGAGGAUUUUUCACCAUUCGACGUACCGAGUAUUGCUGGGUCACAGAGAGAGAAAGAUUUUGAGCAGUUUAUUUGUUGAAGAGAAUCGGUUCAAGCAACGAGUUUGGAUUAGGGGAAAUCGUCCUGAGGAAGAAGAGGUUUUUCAGUUCACCAUGAUUCAGAGGGUUGGCGGUUCGUGGGAUGGUUAUUGGCUGACGGAGAGUUUACUUCACGACGGAGAUCCUUUUGCGGGUGGAUUGGCCUAUUGAACAGUCCUAAGGUCCAGUCCAGUCCAGCGUGAUAUAAGAUAUAGUAAGAUCUUAGUAUAGGUUGUUCAGUUGUUCUUUGUUUUGUACAGCCAGCUUUAGAAAAUAAUUAUGGAACUUUGUACAUAAUAAAUAAAGUUCUUGGAGUACUACGAGUAUAUCUCUUUCA